AUGGCCGAGGUGGUGGCCAAUGCGGGGGGCACUGCCGAGGAGAAAGAGUCACAGCUGGCCUCCACGAUGAGCCCCAGCGAAGCGGCCCACCGCCUGGGAGCGUCUAAGGAGCCGUCAGCUGCUGUUGCUGCCAAUCUGAUGCGCGGCCGAGUGGAGAACUCCGACGGCGAGUCCGAGCCGGCCAGCGGCACACUGCGCAAUGUGAUCAGCUCCACCAUUAGCAGCCUGGUGGAGAGCACCAAGGCGGAGGUCACCUCACAGGCGCCCAACUUCUUCGAGAAGGUGGAGCAGCAGGGCGAGGACAUGAUGAAGAAGGUGUCGAAGGAGACCAGCAUCCCCUUCAUCGUCAUCUUCAUGAUCUUCCUCCUCAUUGUGGGCAUCUUCGCGCUCGUCUUCUUCUGCUGUCUCCAGCGAUGGUGGCGCAAGUUCCGCGGCAAGGAGGGCGGCAAGGGCUUCAUGGGCGGCAAGGUCGACCUCAAGUCGGUGCAGCUGCUCGGACAGACGUACAAGGAGAAGGUGCAGCCAGACAUGGAGGAGCUGACCAAGGACAUGGAGCAGAAUGAGGCCGGCAAGGAGGACACCAAGGAGGAGGUGAAGCUGGGCAGACUGCAGUUCAAGAUAGACUACGAUUUUAAUCAGUCUCAGCUUGGUGUUGGAGUUCUUCAAGCAGAGGACCUGCCUGGUCUUGACAUGUCAGGAACAAGUGAUCCCUAUGUUAAGGUCUACUUACUGCCGGACAAGAAAAAGAAGUUUGAAACUAAAGUGCACCGCAAGACACUAAAUCCAGUGUUCAAUGAAACUUUCAACUUCAAGGUUCCCUAUGCGGAAAUCACCACCAAAACACUGGUGUUUGCAGUCUAUGACUUUGACAGAUUCUCAAAGCACGAUCAAAUUGGUGAGGUGAAGAUUCCACUGAACCAGAUCGAUUUGGCGCAAACAAUCGAAGAGUGGCGCGAUUUGACCAGCGUGGAAGACGCCCAAGGACAGGAAAAUAAGCUGGGCGAUAUUUGCUUUUCACUGCGUUACGUUCCCACCGCCGGCAAGCUGACAGUGGUCGUCCUCGAGGCAAAGAACCUCAAGAAGAUGGACGUCGGCGGUCUCAGUGAUCCAUACGUAAAGAUUGCCUUAAUGCAAAAUGGCAAACGACUGAAGAAGAAAAAGACGUCGAUCAAAAAGUGCACAUUGAAUCCCUACUACAACGAGUCCUUCACCUUUGAGAUACCAUUCGAGCAGAUCCAGAAGGUCGUACUGGUGGUCACUGUCGUUGACUACGAUCGAAUCGGUACUUCAGAACCGAUCGGAAAGGUCGUACUUGGCUGCAACGCAUCAGGAACCGAACUGCGCCAUUGGAUGGACAUGCUUGCCUCGCCGCGAAGACCCAUUGCUCAAUGGCACUCGCUGAAGGACCCUGAGGACGGUGGUGGAAAGGACAACUAA